AUGGUACCCGCAGUGCUGCAGCUUGGAAUCGUACUUGUGCUACCAGAAACCCCACGCUGGUCAGCGCAAGCUGGGCUCGAAACCAAUGCUAUACGCUCUUUAAUGAAGGUAUAUCAAGACCACCCAUACAGAGAACGCGUCGCGAAGCAGGUUCUGCAUGAUAUACAACGGGAAAUAGCUGAACAAGAAGAGGAGCUGAAUAUCUACAACGAUGCGCCUCAAAUUCGCUCGCCUUGGAUGCACAGCAUGACGCAGCGUGCCCGUGAUCUCUUUCUCACACCUGGAAACCGGAGAGCACUAACUAUCGCCAUGAUGCUGCAAGGAUUACAACAGCUAUGCGGAUUCAACAGUCUGAUGUAUUUUUCGGCAACUAUAUUCUCCCUUCUUUCAUUCUCUUCACCCACACUCGCUGCACUAUCAGUGGCCAUGACCAACUUUGUUUUCACAAUGCUCGCGUUUGUCUUCAUUGAUCGGAUUGGCAGGCGCCGCAUCCUCCUCUAUUCCAUUCCCUUCAUGAUAAUUUCUCUUCUUGCCUGCGCAUUAGCGUUUCCUUCUCUGGAACUGCCGAAAAUGUCCGACCUCCAAGCAAGAACAGACAGCAAUAUUGCUGCCCAGGCUGGUUCCUUGCUACCAAUGGUGGUCCUUCUUUGCUUUACAGUAUACACAGCAUCUUACGCAUUUGGGCUCGGCAAUGUUCCUUGGCAGCAAUCUGAACUCUUCCCUCUCAAUGUUCGCUCACUUGGGUCUUCAAUUGCCACGGCGACAAACUGGGGUUCAAAUUUUGUUGUCGGACUUACCUUUCUGCCUAUGAUGGAGCUUCUCUCUCCUGGUUGGACAUUCGCAGUCUACGCAGUCAUAUGUAUCAUGGGCUGGUUCUGCGUGUGGUCAAUCUACCCUGAACUCAAUGGUCUUAGUCUCGAGGAGGUCAAAUGGCUCCUUGCUGCCGGCUGGGGGCUAGAUAAAGAUCUUCCCAGGACUCAAGACACUCCGUCGAGGUGA